ACCACCCUGUAUCGCGAAUAAGCUGGGGGCUUGCUGCCUUUUACCCUCCAGUGACGUUCUUUCGGAUACCUGACAACGGUCCCAAGAUCGUGGUGCUGCCAUUUCGGCAAGCGGCAUAACCCGUCGCCACACUCUACCCUUAUCUCUGGUUACUUUUUGACGACCCCGCCAUCUGCUUCCAAGGAAAGCUGGUCUCGUUCGUGACGUCGCUCAGGUGCAGGAGAGAGUCCCAUCUCAAACUGGUUGCGUCCAAUGAGCUAUCAAGCUGGACACUUUGCGUCUCCUCAACACCUGGAACAGCGCUACAGCACCAGCCGCAUUCGGGAUCAGCAGCAACUCCAACAGCAGCACCAGACAUUGCAAACAUCCUGGGCGCCUUCCUCUUCGCUGCCGUCUCCUCAUAGGCGACCUGUGGAUCGGACUUCAACCCUCUCAGCCACUGCCGGCACGGAGCCACACUUUUCGCUCAACAGGCUGAAUCCUCUAGCCUACGAUAGUGGCGAGAAGCCACAUUACGCCAAAGCCACCGUCAGCAACAAGACCGGCAGUAGAGAAGACUUCACUGGGUGCCUGACCGCCAGCAGCUUGACACCGCACUCCCAGUAUCCGUCCCAGCUGGCCAUUCCGAGCCCUCGUAGUAGCAGCUUCACGGACUCCAAUCACGCGCCGUACUUCCUGUCACCCCAUUCCCAGACACACCUCCCUCAACCAGACGGUGCGAUCGCAGCUGCUGCCACUCGAAGGAAGUCGGUUAUAGGCGCCGGGUCAUUGCGCGGAGAGGCUACGAAAGCAGCAUCGUUCGAGAAUUUCCCACUCGCUCGCCCAACCGGCCGAUUGUCGACGCCACCAUCUGUUUCCCACCAACCUUACCACCGUACGUCAGAGCAGUCCUUACCUUCGCCGCUCUACCCCGCUAUAUCCUCUUCCAACCUGUCAAACCGUACUGCAGCCGCCGCAGCCGAGUCGGACAGCGACCUACACACUGUCAUGACGUCUCGGCCGAAUUCCGGGGGCGCCACGACUUGGCGGGCGAUAGCGAUGGGGCAGUCGAGUGCGCCCGUAGGUGGCGGGCCGAUUCCAACCUACCACAAACAGGGGAGCCGGCAGGAUAAUAGGUACUCUGGCGGAGGGCCACCUGGUUCAGCGAGAUCGACACGGCCUGUAUACCCAACCACCACGUCUGGUGCAAUUCCAUAUACCCAGCACCAGGAGCUAGCAGACCCAUCGAACGCACGAACAUAUCACGGAAACCAUCCGACUGAUCAGUACUCCGCCGCACCACCGCAGCAGCGGUCAAGUCAGCCUUCACCCUAUCACGCAAACCCGCAGUACGAUCGAGCAGCAGCAGAUUACGCCGCAUCAAACAACCAAAAUGCGAGAAAUGUAGCUCGACCUCUCGGCGCUGGCGCCAACGGAAAGAGCUUCCUGCCCGUUCCAAAUAGCCCGUCAUCGCCCGCGGUGCAAUCAGGCGAUCGUCCAGCGUACAAGAAGCCCAAUGGAUCAGCUACUAACAUUCGUGAGGACACGCAAAGACCACUGGCGUCGGAAACGGGUAGAAUGCUCUACGCACCUGUGAAAGAUGCUGCGACGUGGGAAACAGAUGGAAGUGCCACUUCGGGGCCGAAUGCUCCUAUCCAAAGACCGAUUGCGACGGGGGGGCGGGCAGCGGACGAUACCCUUUUACCUAUGGCAGCCGCUCACGGGUCGACGAGAACAAAUGUUGUCCAUAUGGUCGAUGGGAACCCACAAGGAGAGUACGAUUUGUCAAACAAACAGUCGUGGAACCAGAGGCAGGGUGAAGUCAAAGUGAUGGGAGGACGAGCGCCAGAUACUGGAUCCUGGCGAGUAUCUCUGACACAGAGCGGAAUCGAGCUCCAUCAGGGCCAGGGACAGAGGCAGGGACACGGGUACAAACCAAGCCAAUACGAGCAGGACGAUGGCCAACCGAAAGGACCCAUGCAGAACUAUCAGCAACACCCAUCCUACCAACCGCAACAACCUCAUCAACAACAACACCAGCAACAGUUACCACAAAUGAAGUCACAACCACCCACAACCUCUAACCAACGCUCAUGGCAACGUCUCGCCUCCGUCGGCGGCACCGCGCCACCGAGCAACAAAUACAACCGGCACUCCUACGCGAGCGGCUCCAAUGCUGCCACUGGACCAGGACCCACGGCCAAAUAUUCUGUGAAUGUGGACGAUAAGCAGCGGCAGAAAUCGGCGAAACCGGGUGGGAGACCUGUUGUUGGUGCGAAUGCGAAUAGUGGGGCGCCGGUGACAACUACCACGACCACCACCGGGUUGAAGGAUCUGAAGUUGCCUUUGUCGCCUGAAGCAACACUACAAUACUACAAAGAACUCCUCACAACCUACGAGCAACGCGAGAUCAUGGAGUAUCGCGAGAUCUAUUUCGCUGUGCAAUGUGCCUGGGGCGGGGACAAGUUCGAAGGAGGAGGGGGGUGGGGGUGGGAGUUUUAAUCAUGGCUACGACGACUCCCGCGGCGACUACUACCUCACCAAACACGACCACAUCAACUACCGCUACGAGAUCCUCUCCCUCCUCGGCAAAGGCUCCUUCGGCCAAGUCGUCCGCUGCUACGACCACAAAA